CUAUAGGUGGCAGCACAACUUGCUAACACAAAAACGAGGAAGAAAGCAAACCCAUGCACAUUUGUGACUAAAACGCUCGUCUUCAUAAUUCCAAUCUUUUAACCUUGUGACAAGAUGAAUCAGGAGAAAUUGGCCAAACUUCAAGCCCAAGUGCGGAUAGGAGGAAAGGGUUCUGCACGCAGAAAGAAGAAGGUUGUUCACAGGACAGCAACGUCAGAUGACAAAAAGCUUCAAAGUUCCUUAAAGAAGUUGGCGGUCAACAACAUUGCCGGGAUUGAGGAGGUCAACAUGAUAAAGGACGAUGGGACGGUGAUCCACUUCAACAACCCCAAGGUUCAAGCCUCCUUGUCGGCCAACACAUUUUCCGUCACGGGUCACGCCGAGACCAAGCAGCUGACGGAGAUGCUGCCCGGCAUCCUCAGCCAGCUGGGGACCGACAGCCUCAGCAGCCUGCGCAAACUGGCCGAGCAGUUCCCACGGCAUGUUCUUGACAACAAAGCUCCAAAAGCAGAGGACAUAGAGGAAGAGGAUGAUGACGUUCCAGAUUUGGUGGAGAACUUUGACGAAGCAUCAAAGAAUGAAGCAAUCUGACGCACGUGACUGCAUUGAAACCAGAAAUUUCGCCCAGGACAUAUCAGACUGGACCUCCACAGACAUGCACACACACCAGAGACUUUUCUUUUACCAGACGGUCCACAGUUAAAAUAUGAAUUUCUUAAAAAUGAGCGGUUGAGCCAAUUUGCUAGUCAUUUAUUGUAGCUGUCAUAUUGUUUUUGUUUAUAAACCCAAUUAAAAAAGGGCGUUUUUAAUUAGA